CGGAAAAGAUCCAACUCCGCCCAUCACCUCAGUUUUCUCAUUCUCAAGGACCCAGCCACCAGUCAGCGCCACCAACAAAGAAGUGGACUUCUGUGGCGUGCUAUCAUAUUGCUGACCUCAACCUCUGGCUACCGGUAGCAAGCAAUUCAAGAGAAGAAGGAAGAUGUUUGGAAGAAGGCUCCUUAUUCCAAGACAUCAUUAUGAUCGGCUUGGUAUAUUAUUUCGAGCUCUUCAUGUCCAUGAGUACAUUUCUUUGGAACUCAUGAAAACCAACGGCAUCAAAACACCCGAAUGCAAAGUGGCAUCCACUCCAGAAGAAGCCGAAAAUAUCUUUCUCAAUCAUCUCAAUAAGCCCGGGACAAAGAAGCUCAAGGACGUUGUGAUCAAGGCGCAAGUGUUGAGUGGAGGUCGCAAAGCAGGUCGAUUUCAAAAUGGAUUUCGGGGUGGUAUCCAUAUGGUGACCAAACCGGGUAAAGCACGACAAUAUGCCGAACAAAUGCUGGGACAGAAACUCGUCACGCAACAGGCACCCCAGGGGCUGCUUUGCAACCGCGUCUUGUUGAUGGAACGCAUGUACCUGAGACGAGAAAUGUAUCUCAGUAUUGUCAUGGACCCAAAGAGUCAGGGACCCGUCAUCAUGGCAUGCCCCCAGGGAGGUACAUCCAUCGAACAAGUAGCCAAAGAUACCCCGGAACUCCUAUUGACCGAAUCGAUUGAUAUUAGGAAAGGACUCUUGCCAGAAGAACAAUGCGAGCGAAUGGCCCGACAUUUGGGAUAUGAAACGGGCACGGAAGGAUUCCAACAGGCCGUCGCCGUCAUGCAAAAUCUCUACUCCAUCUUUAUCCGCUGCGACACCACGCAAAUUGAAGUCAAUCCACUGGCAGAGACUCCGGAGGGUGACAUUGUCGUGUGCGAUGCCAAAGUAACCUUCGACGACAAUGCUGCAUAUCGACAAUCCUCCAUAUUUGAACGAAGAGAUACCAGUCAAGAGGAUCCUCGGGAGGCGGAAGCAGCUGAGCAUGGUUUGAAUUAUGUAGGCUUGGAAGGAAACAUUGGAUGCAUGGUCAAUGGAGCUGGACUGGCCAUGGCAACGUUGGAUACCAUCAAGCUCAAGGGAGGUAACCCAGCCAAUUUCCUGGACGUGGGUGGAGGAGCCAGUGAAACCCAAAUUCUCAAGGCGUUUGAGAUUUUAAGUGGUGAUCCCAGUGUCAAAGCAAUACUUGUCAACAUUUUUGGUGGUAUCAUGCGAUGCGAUGUGAUUGCCACUGGGAUCAUACAAACAGCACAAGAACUUGGAAUACAAAAGCCCAUCAUCAUUCGAUUGCAAGGCACCAAUGUAAACGAGGCAAGGACACUGAUUGAGGGGUGCGGCUUCAAAAUGAUACUGGCCAAUGAUAUAGAGGAUGCCGCAACAAAGGCAGUGGGAAUCGCAGAGAUUGCCGUACAAGCAGAGAAGAUAAAGGUGGGAGUGAAGUUCGAUGGAUUGGACUUGUAGUAAAGAAGAAUUAGAAUUUACAUGGGUUGCAUACGAGGAGGUUUCCUUGUUUUAUGUAGAAGUUUCAAGGCCGGCCCGAGU